UACGGAACAUAAUCAAGUUAAUUCGACCAGUAUAUAAAUACAAUAAAUUUACUUGCUUAAAAAUAAGUAUGACGCUUGACGUUGAUGCACAAAAGAAAGAUGAGAAGCUAUUACUUUCAACAAUACAGCAGGAAUAUAAAAUUUUGGCGGAAUACAAAAUGAUUGAAUCGGAGAAGGUCUCGGGCAUUUAUGUUAUUCCAAGCUACGCCAAUUCCUUGCAAUGGUUUGGAGUAUUUUUUGGUCGACAAGGCUUUUAUGAAAACAGUGUAUUCCGCUUUUCAAUAUUGUUGCCGGCUGGCUUUCCAGAUGACAAAACAGUUCCAGCAAUUAUUUUUCAACACAACGUUGUACAUCCACUUGUUUGCCCUUACACAAAUAGUCUUGACAUCAGCCAUGCAUUCCCGGAAUGGAGAUGCGGAGAAGAUCACCUUUGGCAGGUAUUGAAGUACAUACAAGCGAUAUUUGCCGAUCCACUGGACAGCAUUCGCAGCGUGGCUAGUAUCCAGGAACUCAGCAACCCAGAAGCUAGCAAGCUGUUAAACACCAACCGAGACGCAUAUGCGGCACUUGUUCAGGAGAGUAUAAUGGAGAGCAAAUCGCGCGUGUAUGAUACACCGCCAACAGAAGACCCGCAUUAUAUAGUAUUUGAAAAGUUCCAAGCAAAUGUACAUGGACCAGUUUUGGAUCAAAUACGCAAAAGUAGAAACACAAUUGUGCCUGCUGAAUGUGGUGUAGGCGGUGCUGCCACGGGACUUUCAUGGGUUAAAGUCAAAGAAGGCGAGUUUAAGCCUUUGAGCAUUGAAUAGUCCUAACACUAUAUAUAUAUAUGCGUAAUGUACAUAGUAUGUUCUCUUAAUAACAGAAUCAUUAAAUUUAUUCACAGUUUGACAA